AUUACUGGUUUUAAAAUAAUAAGUAUAAAUAUGUAAGCUUUUUCUGAGUUGCUCUUCCUCGUCUUCACCUCACGCCUCUCUUUCUCUCUCCUUUCUCACCUCACGGUUCUCUAUCUCUUCAAUCCCACAGAGAAGAUGAACAAUCCUGAGAAUGAGAAUAAUGAUCAUGGUGAAGUUUUCCUUGAUGAGUCUGACAUUCUCCAGGAAAUUAAUGUAGAUGAUGAAGACCUUCCUGAUGUGGACGAUGAAGAGGGUGCCUCUGAAGCUGAAAUGGCUGAUGAGCCUGAUGAUUCUAUGCACAUAUUCACGGGUCAUACUGACGAGCUAUACUCGGUUGCUUGCAGCCCAACAGAUGCCUUGUUAGUAGCAACUGGGGGUGGAGAUGACAAAGGUUUUCUUUGGAAGAUCGGUCAAGGAGAUUGGGCUUUUGAGCUUCAAGGUCACAAGGAUUCUGUGUCUAGUUUGGCAUAUAGUUCUGAUGGGCAGUUGCUUGCAUCUGGAAGCUUUGACGGGGUCAUCCAAAUAUGGGACACUUCCACAGGAGAUCUCAAGUGUGUGCUUGAUGGUCCUGGAGAUGGAAUUGAGUGGGUCAGAUGGCAUCCUAGAGGGCAUCUCGUGUUAGCAGGUUCCCAGGAUUCCACCGUUUGGAUGUGGAAUGCUGACAAAGGCACCUAUCUUAACAUGUUUCAAGGUCACAGCAGCACUGUAACUUGUGGUGAAUUUACUCCUGAUGGUAAAACAAUAUGUACUGGAUCUGAUGAUGCAUCUUUAAUAAUAUGGAAUCCUAAAACUGGUGACAAUAUUCAUGCUGUAAGAGGAUAUCCAUAUCACACUGAAGGAAUUACAUCUUUGGCAAUAAGCCCUGAUUCAUCUCUUGCCCUUACUGGUUCAAAGAAUGGCUCUGUUCACAUUGUAAAUAUAUCUACCGGAAGGGUUGUUACUUCUCUGGUAUCUCAUACAGAUUCAAUAGAAUGCCUCGCGUUUGCACCAAGUUCCCCUUGGGCUGCAACAGGUAGUAUGGAUAAGAAGCUUAUUAUCUGGGAUUUGCAGCAUUCAUCGCCCCGUUGUACAGGUGAACAUGAGGAUGGGGUUACUUGCUUGACAUGGCUCGGUGAAACUAGGUUCAUAGCAACUGGAUGCGCUGAUGGAAAAGUUCGAAUAUGGGAUUGUCUCUCGGGUGACUGUGUAAGAACCUUUAGCGGGCACUCGGAUGUCAUCCAAGGUCUUUCUAUUUCUGCCAAUAAAGAUUAUCUUGUUUCAGUAUCGCUCGAUGGAACUGCUCGAGUUUUCGAGAUUGCUGAGUAUCAAUAAGCAACUUGUAAGAAGGAAAUCAUGUGCAUUAGUGACAUAGAUUAUUUUUCUUCUAUUUGAUGUGAGUUUAUUUAUCCUUGUCUAACUAAUAUUUUCCAAUAUAUGGAUAUGUUGCUUGCACAAAAUGUCAAGUUUCAAAAUUUUGGUUAAUAACAGUUUUGAUAGUCAUAGCUGCAAAAUUUCAUGUUUUUGCUUAUAAGAACUGUUAACUGUGUUAAUUGUAAUUUAUGGAAA